UGUAGAAACCCUCAAUUUGAUCAACUGAAUUUGAAAAACCCUACUGCAAAUCAAAAGUUUUAGCUACACUAAUCAGUAAUCACAGUUAUUAGUGCAUAAUGGGUGAUAGUCAGUACUCGUUUUCUCUCACAACUUUCAGUCCUUCCGGAAAGCUUGUUCAGAUUGAACAUGCCCUAACUGCCGUUGGAUCCGGCCAAACUUCUUUAGGAAUUAAAGCUGCUAACGGCGUUGUCAUUGCAACCGAGAAAAAACUGCCUUCCAUUCUAGUCGAUGAAUCAUCUGUUCAAAAGAUUCAGACUUUGACACCCAACAUUGGAGUUGUUUAUAGUGGCAUGGGUCCUGAUUUUCGAGUUCUUGUUAGAAAAAGCAGGAAGCAGGCUGAGCAAUAUCACCGAUUGUACAAAGAACCAAUCCCUGUUACACAACUUGUAAGGGAAACUGCCGCUGUUAUGCAGGAGUUCACUCAGUCUGGUGGAGUCAGACCUUUUGGUGUGUCACUGUUGGUUGCUGGGUACGAUGACAAAGGUCCACAAUUAUAUCAGGUUGACCCAUCAGGUUCAUAUUUUUCCUGGAAGGCUUCAGCUAUGGGGAAAAAUGUUUCUAAUGCAAAGACAUUUCUCGAGAAGAGGUAUACUGAUGAUAUGGAGCUUGAUGAUGCAGUUCAUACAGCUAUAUUAACUUUGAAAGAAGGAUUUGAAGGACAGAUCUCAAGCAAAAACAUUGAGAUUGGAAUCAUCAACGCUGACAAAAAGUUCAGGGUAUUGACACCAGCUGAAAUUGAUGAUUACUUAGCUGAAGUGGAAUAGACUGUUUCUCAUAUUCCUGCCAAUUUCAUUUUUCAAGAUAGAAAUUAUCAGACAUUUAAGAUAUUGACCUUCAACGUUUGAUCAUGUGCUCCUCAGCUGUUGUAGUUAUGCCUCUUUUUCCAGUCCAUGGAAACUUAUCACACAGAAUUUAUAUGUUAUUCAUUUGCUUUUCAUUAGGAACAAAAUAUCCUGCCAUAUGCAUUUUUUUA